CCACUGCAGAAACCCUAUUUUCAGAGAAGAGGCUGAUUGCGUCUGGGAUCUUUUCUUUCACAUCUUCGCUGCCUCGUCUGCGUCUCAUCGAAGAUGAAGUUCAACAUAGCGAAUCCGACGACUGGUUGCCAGAAGAAGCUGGAAAUUGACGACGACCAGAAGCUCCGUGUAUUCUGGGACAAGAGGAUCUCUCAGGAGGUCAGUGGAGAUGCCUUGGGCGAGGAGUUCAAGGGAUACGUCUUCAAGAUUAUGGGAGGCUGUGAUAAGCAAGGUUUCCCAAUGAAGCAGGGUGUGUUGACUCCAGGUCGUGUGAGACUCUUGCUGCACAGAGGUACCCCAUGCUUCCGUGGUUAUGGUAGGAGAAAUGGAGAGCGCAGGAGGAAGUCUGUUCGUGGGUGUAUUGUUAGCCCUGAUCUCUCUGUUCUGAACUUGGUAAUAGUGAAAAAGGGUGAGAAUGAUCUUCCUGGACUCACUGAUACUGAAAAGCCAAGGAUGAGAGGUCCAAAGAGGGCUUCAAAGAUCCGCAAGCUCUUUAACCUUUCAAAGGAGGAUGAUGUUAGGAAGUAUGUCAAUACAUACCGCCGAACAUUCACCACCAAAUCUGGUAAGAAGGUCAGCAAAGCUCCUAAGAUUCAGAGGCUUGUGACUCCAUUGACAUUGCAGAGGAAGAGAGCCAGAAUUGCUGACAAGAAGAAGAGGAUUGCCAAGGCCAAGUCUGAAGCUGUUGAGUACCAGAAGCUUCUUGCUACUCGAUUGAAGGAACAAAGGGAAAGGCGUAGUGAGAGCUUGGCCAAGAAGAGGUCUAGGCUCUCUGCUGCUUCAAAGCCAUCAGCUGCUGCUUAAAUACUAAUACAAUGUGGCCUUGUCUUGUGGUGUGUACCUCAGUGCUGGGCGCCAUCCUUGUCAGUUUUGAUUUGGUUUUAGUUGAGGAGGUUCCUUAAAUGUUCUGCUAUUGACUGUUCCAUUCUUGAUAAAAGAUUUUUGAGAUGUUGGUUUUGUUGAAGGGUGAUUAGCUUAAUAUAUCUAAACAAUGCUGUCUAUCUUAUUUGGAUGCAGUUAUUUGAUCUUGUGAUGUUA